AUGAUGGGACGCACAGACUAUUUGUCGCCCGAGGAUGAAGAUGAAUUGAGAGUGGCCCCGGUCAUCACGUCAUCCUCUGGGGAUGACCUCAUCCGGAUCGAAGCUGCUACCCUUCCGAUUUGCCCGGAAGCUACAUCCAGGAGGAUCUGCAAUUCAUGGAGGUAUCGAGGAGGCGGUGGCUCGGCCAGAACAGCUGUGUCAGAUUUAAAAACCUAUAUUAUGCUACUCUUCGCCAUGUUGUGUCAUGUCUCAACCUUAUCAUUAUAA